AUGCUAAAAAAGAGAGACAAUGACUCUUAAGGGAGAGGCUCAACAGCUUCAGAUGGGGAAAUUCUUGCCUAUUAUUUUGGAAAGGCACUUGCAUCACCAUUUGAAGUAAAAUCAAACGACGAAGAAAUCAGGAGCGAAGGUUUCAGAACUCCGUAACAACCAGGAGAGCAGUAUAUAGAUCAAGCUGAAAGCAAUAAAGAUAGAUUUACAUUCUUGCAAGCUGAAGCGGGAUUAUCCCAUACAUUGCUACUAAAUAAAAAAGGAGAAGUCUUUUCAUUUGGAGAAGGACUUCAAGGUCAAUUGGGGAUAGGUCAGAAAUUAAUUCAUUUACAAAAAGCAACUCAAGUUAUGAUAAAAAACGGACCUAAAAAGUAGCAGAAAAUUACUAGAUUGGUUGCAUCAGGUUAUAAUUCUGCAGCAUUCGAUAAGAAUGGUCGUAUUUGGAUGUGGGGUGGACUAGAGCCUAUCAAUGUUGAAUUUGAAGUUGUGCAUAAAGAUAAAAAUGAUGAGCCUGGGAUUCAAUUAGAGCCAUUCUUAGAUGAUAACAAAAACCACAGGAAAAUUAACACAGAAUAUAUAAUUGAAUUUGAAAACAUAUCAUGGGGAAUGGAUCAUUGCUUAUUUCUAGAUAAAAAACGUAGGGUAUUUUCAAUGGGCUUUGGUAGACAUGGAAGGCUAGGUUAAGGAGAUGAAAAAGACUUAUUGAAACCGAAAAUGAUCAGAACUUUAGAGGGUAAGAAGGUUAUUGAUGUGCAAUGUGGCUUACAUCACUCAAUGGCUGUAACUGAUGAAGGAGAUGUAUACACUUGGGGAGUAGGUGGAUAAGGUAGAUUAGGUUUAGGUUAUGAUGAGGAUACUCGCUCAAACCUCAAUUAAUUUUUGCCUAAGAAAAUAGAGUAUGAUUUUGAAGAUAACUAAUUGAUGAAUGUCUCAUGCGGUGAGACAGUCAAUUGUAUUGCAAUUAAGGCAGGUACUCUGUUUACGUGGGGUAAAGGUCAACACGAAAAGCCUAAAUUUGAUGAUUAUAUUGAGUAUUCUUCUCCUUUUCCUAUGAUUGAAGAUAAGUAAAUAACUUAUGUUUCUUGUGGAGCAUCUCAUGUAAUGUGUAUUGAUAGAAACGGUAGAUUAUUUGGGUGGGGUUAAGGAGCUGAAGGAUGUCUGGGAUUCGGGGAUGGAAAGAAAAGAUUGAGUGUCUGUCCUAUAUCUUUCUUUGAAAAUAAGCGUGUGAUAGAUGUGUCGUGUGGAGAUAAGUUUACUGUAGUUAUAGCUGAGGUGCUCCAAGAUAAAAAAUAGAAUAAUGCUUUAGGAGGAAUCUUCAACAAUAAUGGAGAUAUUGACCUAGCAGCUGGUGUAAGAGCUAGAAUGCAGAAAAUGAAACACGUUUAAGAAGGAUAGAAGAGUGUGAGAAAAACACUUUGUGGUGGUGAUCAUGUUUCAGAAUAAUUAAGAUAAAAAAUCAUGGGAGUACUAGUUAAAAACAAAGAAAGAUAAGCAUCAAACCGUGAUAAUGAGUCUAGAAAUAAUUACAGUACUAUGAGUUAAAUCGAAUAAAAUAGAAGAAUAUCACUUCCAACAAUUAAAACUCACGCUUAAAAUAAUUUUAACACUAUUAAUGCAGAAAACCAGAAUGAUGAUUUUAAACAAUCUUUUACAAUCUCACAUAAUUAAGAAAUCAGAAAGGUUAAGCUUAUGGACAAGAAUUAAAACAAAGGUAGCAGAUUAAAUCCAGCCAUCAAAGAUAUCAUAAAUAAAUCUAAUUAGAAAACAAGGCCAAGCCAUAGAGGUGCAAAUUAAAAUCAAACUAUGAUAAUUCAAAAUGAAUUAAUAAACGAUGAAUCUCUAACUUACUUUAUUUAGAACAAUUUCAAGACUCGUGGGGGUACACCUAUGAAGAAUACUCGCUGGAAAACUGCCUUUUAUGUUGAUGAAGUAUGCGCUGAUAAACAUAAGAUCAUGAAGAAGUUAAGGAAAAUAAAUUACAACGAGUAUUUCGGCAAUAACUUCUAAGUAUCAAGAAUAGAUCCUUAAUUCAAAGAUUUAGAAAACUAAGAGAAAGUAAAAGUUAUUGAUAACGUCAUAGACUUUCUCUUCUAAGAUCUUAAGGCAUUGCGAAACAAAAAGAGGUAGGAGGAAUCCUCGAAAGAUGACAAAAGUGAAAGCAGAGCAAAGGAACUUGGUCUUCAAUAAAUGACAUAAUUUGAAAUGGCUAUUGCAAAUGACCCCUAAAGAGUAACAAAUUAUAGUCCAUUCCUUGCUGAUAUAAAUUACCACAAACUUAGGAAGAAAAAUAUACAUCUAAGUCCUUCAAUCGUAUACAAGAGACCCGAAAAUAAGUUAUAUAUUGGUGGAAAUACUUUAAGAAGUAUUAAAAAGGAUGAGGCUAGGGCGAAAAGUAUAAUGCGCUGA